AUGGAAAAAAUUCAAACACCAAACACAAUCAACAUUAACACACGCUUGAUAUAUGGAGAACAGAAUGAAACUCGAAUUUUGAAAAAUGUUGACAGUAAUACAAAACAACAAUUAUUUAAUCUCGAUUUAAACGUGGAACUGACAGAUAGUUCGGAUGAGAUAUAUCAAAAUACAAAUGACAAACAAAAACAAUUUGAGAGUCAAAGCCAAAGAACUUUCUUUGAUAAAUAUAAAGAUCUUUUAGAACAUCAAAAUGAUGAUGAAAAAAUAAAAAAAUUGAAUGAUCGAAUGUCACAAAUGUACCAAAUUGACAAUCUUCCUGAUAACUAUUUAAAUGGAAAUUCAUUCAUUGAAAAUGUGACAGUUCCAACAAAAAUCACACGGUUUGGUAAGUCGAUAUUUGAGAGGUGCAAUUGUCUUAAAGAAGUUUUAAUCGAUGCGAAUAUUAUUACUCUUCCACAAAACACUUUUUCAUUGUGUUUAAAACUUUGUUCUAUUCGACUUCCAAAUUCUAUCACUUCACUUGGCGACUUCUGUUUCUCUUUUUGCGUCUCUUUGACUCAAAUCAAUCUUCCUCUUGGUUUAAAAGAAAUCGGAGAAAAUUGCUUUGAAGAGUGCCAAUCACUUAAAACCAUUGAAAUACCAAAAGAAGUUCGACUGUUGAAAAAAUCGACUUUUUUCAAAUGUGUUAGUCUUGAAAAAGUGGAUUUUGGUGGUCAAAUUAAAGAAGUGGGAGUGUCUUGUUUUUCAGAAUGCAAAUCACUUCAAGGUAUCAAUAUGAAUGAAAUUACUUGUAUACCAAAAUAUUGUUUUCAUAAUUGUUAUGGUCUUGAAAAGAUAAACAUGAAGAAUUGCAAAGAAAUUGGAGCGAGUGCUUUUGAAAAUUGCUUGAGACUUGUAUUGAAAAUACAAGAAAAAGACGUGAUUUUAAAGGAAAAUUGUUUCAAAAAUUGUUUAAAUGUAACCAUGGUUGCUGAAAAUAAGAAAGUAAGUGAUUUCAGUGUUGAGUCACUGUAUAUAACCAAUCUGUGUAAAGUGCUUUUUACUUAUUCAAACAAAGCUUUCAUUUAUUAA